AAUGAAUUAUUCAUUUGGUUUCUUGUUUGUGUGCUUAUUGUCAUUUUCAAAAGGGCGUAUUAUUAGUGAGUGGUCUCCAUUUAGCAACUGUUCAGUAAGCACACGUACACGAACUUGCAAACCUGCACAUAGUUGUAAAAAUAUUCCAUUAGUUGAGACUAUUUCAUGUGCUACACGCUGUACAGGUCUACAAAAUUCGUUUAAGGAUGAAAACAGCACUGCAGUAAAAAGAGUACAAAAAGUACAGUUUGAUGCGAUAAGAAACAUUGGAACUACUUUAAACGAUGGACUAACUCUUUAUCCUGGAGAGUACCUUUCAUCAGGUAACUGUUAUUAUGCAGUUAUGCAAGGAGAUGGAAACUUUGUUCUCUAUGUUACACAACAUUGGGUACCACAAAAUGCAAUUUGGGCAAGUGGUUCUUAUAAUAAAGGAAUUGCUCCAAGAAGAGUUGUAAUGCAAAAUGACGGAAAUUUGGUUAUUUACGAUGUUUACAACAGAGCAACUUGGGCAACUGGAACUAAUGAGCAAGGCUCUAUACCUCAUCGUCUCGUGAUGCAAACAGAUGGAAACUUGGUUAUUUAUGAUGGUGACAAUAGACCAACGUGGGCAACUGGAACGAAUCGUGGUUAAUUUAAUUUAUUUGAAACAAUGCCUUUUUUAUUUAGCUG